GACGCCUCUGCAUCUUGCUUGUGUGAAUGGCCAUGCAGAUGUCGUUCAAUUUCUAGCAGAAAAGAAGUGCCAGCUAAACCCUCGUGACAAUUUUAAUAAAUCACCACUGAUGAAGGCAGUAGAGUGCCAGCACAAAGACUGUGUGGCUAUUCUGCUGAAGCACGGUGCCAACCCUGACCUCAAAGGCAGCGGCGGCAACACUGCCCUUCACCUGGCUGCCCUCAUUCCUAGCAAAUCUCUAGUGGAGCUGCUACUUGAGCACAACACUGACAUUGAUGCUAAGAAUGAGUUGGGAUACACCCCGCUUAGUCUUGUGAUCAUGGAGCACUGUGGAGAGAUGGCCGAGUUCCUUCUUCAAAAAGGAGCUAACGUGCAUGCUCAAGACAGGCAUAAAAG